CACCAGGGUCUUGUACUCCCCCACAUCUGGGGAAAUCCCAUUAAGGAAGGGAAGUACAGUCGGAUCAUGCGGCGUAGUGCAGCUUCCAGGUUACUGAUUAUAUAGUAUAUAAGAAAGUUCAAUCUCGAGUCUAUUCUUCAAAACGUCCCACUUAAUCUUCUAAAGGUGCAACUUAGUCUUUCUUCCCAAGGCGAAAUUCAAAUUUCAACUUUCAAUUCAAGAUGCCCGCCAAACAGAAGCAGCCCGUGUAUGUGCUCGGCGUGGGCAUGACCAAGUUCAUCAAGCCCCGCGGUAAGGUCGACUACACGGAGCUUGGCUUCGAAGCCGGUGUCAAAGCUAUGCUCGACGCGCACAUCAACUACGACGACGUCGAGCAGGGCAUCGCAUGCUAUUGCUACGGGGACUCUACAUGCGGCCAGCGCGUCUUCUAUCAGUUUGGCAUGACACAAAUUCCCAUCCUCAAUGUCAAUAACAACUGCUCUACUGGCUCUACCGGCCUUUCGAUGGCGAGGAACACCAUUGCUUACGGUGGCGCCGACUGCAUUCUCGUCGUCGGCUUCGAGAAGAUGAUGCGUGGCAGUCUCCAAAGCUUCUUCAAUGAUAGGGAGAAUCCCACUGGUACCUCGGGAAAGAUGAUGGCGGAAACCCGUGGUUAUACGAAUGCCCCCGGCGCCGCGCAGAUGUUUGGUAAUGCCGGCCGGGAAUACAUGGAGAAGUUCGGCGCCAAACUCGAAGAUUUCGCAGAAAUCGGCAGAAUCAAUCACCAGCACUCUGUCAACAACCCAUACUCCCAAUUCCAGGAUGUCUACACCCUAGAGCAAAUGCUCAAGUCACCAAUGAUCCACGAGCCACUCACUAAAUUGCAGUGCUGCCCGACGUCAGACGGUGGCGCUGCCGCAGUCCUUGUCUCGCAGGACUUCCUCAAUGCUAGGCCGCACCUGAAGGACCAGGCCAUACUGAUCGCAGGCCAGUGCAUGGCAACAGACUCACCGAAUCUGUUCUCGCGCAGCGCGAUCGACCUAAUCGGCUUCGAGAUGAGCAAGCACGCUGCCGAGGUGGCGCUAGCUGAAGCCAAGGUCUCGCCGGCCGACGUCCAGGUUGUUGAGCUACAUGACUGCUUCUCGGCCAACGAGAUGGUAACGCUCGACGCGCUAGGCUUAUGCGAACCCGGUAAAGCACACGAGAUGGUACGCCGUGGUGACAUCACCUACGGCGGCAAGUACGUCGUCAACCCAUCCGGCGGGCUGAUCUCCAAAGGCCACCCCCUCGGCGCUACGGGGCUAGCCCAGUGCGCCGAGCUAGUCUGGCAUCUUCGCGGCUGGGCAAACAACCGCGCGGUUCCGCAUACGAAGUUCGCGCUCCAGCAUAAUCUAGGCCUAGGCGGCGCCGCCGUGGUCACGGUGUACUGCCGUCCGGAUCACAGCGAGGCGCAGAAGCGAAACUCGGCGGAUAUCGCUAAGGCGAACGGCCUCGGGUAUAAUCCUGCUGUCGAGGCGAAGGGGUUUACGGCUGCGCAGUGCAAGAGCGUGCUUAGUAAGAAGGCGUCGAGCGCAUGGGCGUUGCAGGAUACGGAGAAGAAGGUUGAAGCGAGGUUUUAAGUUAUAGGAGAUACCUAGGGGUAGGUUGGUGGGAGUUACAUACCAAUUAGGAACACGGGUAAAAUGUGUGUUUUCUUUUGGGGCUUUCGGAUUUAAGGCUUGCUGGAAGGUUUAAGGAUCUAUCUCCCUACGCUACGGUAUUAUAUGGUACAGAAUGAAUUUAUGAGAUGUAAUAUAUAACUACUUCCUAGGUAAGGUAUAUAAAAAAUAACUAUAUGGUAUAUACGGA